AUGGCUAUCCCAGGCCAACGUUUUGAACUAGACCUUGACGCCGAUGACUUUACAAUCAGGCCGAUCGACGAUGAAGCAUCUCCACCCCCGCCUGCUGGCUUCAGCAUCAAGGAGAUCCAAGAGCACGAUUCUGACUCGGUUCCUUCCGCCCCCUCCCUGAAACCCUCCAAAGCCGGCUUCCCAGAGCAUAGACAACGCCGCAACGUGUCUGCUUUCAAACAAAGACAGCAGGCCAGAAAAGCCCCCUCCCGUCCCUCGAUUCCUGCCACAGUCGAACCUUCCGAUCAAGCAAUCAGACACCAUAUGGGCAAGAAGUACGGGCUCGACAUGGAUCAGCAGCAGAAGGCUGACAUCAGUGAGGAAAACAAGAGGCGGAUAGCCGAAAUGUCAAUAGAGGACAUCGAGGAGGCCCGAGCCGAGCUGACACGCAAUCUGAAUCCUGCUUUCCUAGAACGCCUACUCAAACGGGCGAAUAUUGAGGAGGAUCAAGCAGGCCAAAAGCUCUGGCCGGAGGGCGACAUGGAAAGGGAAGAUGACAGUCAGAGUCCUGACAAGGACGCCGUUGCCGAAAUGGCUGUGAACGAGGACAAUGCGGAGCCUGAAAUAUCAGUCGAUAACGCACCUCCACCGCCGUCGACCCAUUUCCCCAUUCCUCCUCGUUCGGCCGACGACUACGUGCCCCUAGACUCUGACGGUGCGUCCUUCCUGACCGACCUCAAAACACAUUACUUUCCGGAUACUCCCCACGAUCCUUCCUCGUUGAGCUGGCUCCAAGAUCCGACUGAAGAGGAGGACCAAGCAUCGCUGUAUAACCCUGCAAACGAAUCGUACCCGGCUUCUGCCCUUCGGUUCGGAUUCAACGGUCGUCUGAUACCGCCAACGGAGAGCUUAGAGGUCGACGUGAAAGAAGGGCUCCACCAUCACGGUGAUUCGCCUAGCAGCGCCGGGUAUACCAUACCAGAACUUGCUAUGCUUGGCCGGUCAACCUUGCCUAAUCAGCGAUGCAUGGCUUACCAAACGCUAGGUAGGAUCCUGUACAGGCUGGGAAGAGGAGAUUUCGGCCCUCGAGGCAGUGAACUUCAGGAAGCGCUCUGGUCCGUCAUCGAGAGAGAGAGGCCGAUAGAGGCCAUGAUGGCUGAAGCCAACCGCCAGUCAGGACAUGCCAGUGCCAAAGCGCUUGCAGUCGAAGCGCUCUGGCUGUGGAGAAAGGGGGGGGGCGGUGACAGGGGAGUUUUGAAACCACAUCAGCGGCUGGCAAAAUGA